AUGCCUGUCGUGCAAGGUAGCGAGAGGAACCGGUUUGGCUUUUCUCCUCCUGCUACGCCUCUACCAGCAGCCACACAGCCCGACGCUGAGAUAGCAUCUACCAAUCAUAAUUCAUUAUCACCGAACUCGACGAAUGAGCAUCAUGAAGAUGUUCAAAAUGCGUAUCGUUAUUCACCAUUAUUAGGCCAUCGGCAUAUUCGGUUGCUUCGUCUGCUACCGGACCGGAAUGAGAAUGCCCCUCUCCAUUCUCAGCUCUUCGAUUAUCCUAUGUUGGAGUUGGGCGAUGGACCACAUAUGUACGAGGCGUUAUCAUAUGUGUGGGGGAGCUCACAAAGACCGCAUAUCCUCUAUAUUGAUGAAAAGAGCCUGCCAAUCACCGCAAACCUCUAUGAGGUACUCUUACGUCUCCGAGAUAAAAUGAUUGAGCGGAUAUUAUGGAUAGACGCAGUUUGCAUUGACCAGACGAGUAUCGAAGAGCGAGGAGAACAAAUUCAGUAUAUGGCAGAGAUCUACUCCAAAGCGAAUCGUGUCAUCGUGUGGCUGGGUGAAGCAGCCGAUAAUAGCGACCAGGCUUUGAAGAGCAUACGACUAGCAGCAGAUGAAGAAUGCCAAUCGUUCCAGAAGGAUACGGACCAACAGGCGGUUCUAGCUCUAUUGGAGCGGCCAUGGUUUCGACGAAUAUGGGUUCUUCAAGAGGUCGCUGCUGCUCAGCACAUUGUCAUGAUGUGCGGCUCUAUAAGGAUUGAUGGAUACGCUUUUUGCUUAGGCCUACCGUCACUUCUUAAGCAUGAAGACAUCCCGAGCCAUAUACGAUCUGUAACGUAUCUUAUGAGAGGCUGCAUAUUUCGCCCAAAGUAUAGCGUGAAUUCAUUGGGUGGUAUAUCUUUAGAUAUACGCCCUCUAGGCGCGCUGAUAGAUAUGUACCACACGCACGAGGCCACUGAGCGCCAUGACAAAAUAUUUGCUCUGCUGGGAAUGAGUUCUAAUGAUCCGACCAACCACGGGUUAUUGCCCAACUACAAAACGCCAUGGGAUGAGCUUAUGGCACAACUUGUCAGAUUCAUACUAGGCGAACGGGUAUUCAUCAAAUCAUGGAUGCAGCAGCAGGCAGCUGUAGUAUUCGCGAAAGGAUGUGUUAUUGGCAUCGUCUCCUCGAUUCAAAUAGCACAUGACGAUUCUCACGGAGAUAGGCAGCACGUCAGAUUGAAGAUAAGGGACGUCCCUGGACCAUCAUGGACCGUCCAAGUGGCGGGGAAGCCAAUAGAGGCUGGUGACCUCGUGUGCCACUUACUUGGAGCCACAAAACCUAUGGUCAUUAGACCACGCCAUGACAAUUUUACAAUCAUUCUCGUUGAGUUUACUCCUCCCACAGAUGACAGAAUGGACAAAAUGGACCUGGAGCAGCUAGAACGGCCAGAGAGUUCCUCUGUACAUGAUUUUCUACUUGUAUGGGAUUGGAAUAGUUCCAAUGAGGAGACAACAAGUCAAGAUUACGAAUCAUGGAUGGCGAGUCGAGUACCCGAGAACUUUUACGCAGAAGACGAAUCGAAAAAUUAUCCCGACAAACAAAUACGACUGGAGAAUGUGGCUCUGAUUAUGAGUGAUGCGGGGAGCAACGACAAAACUAUAAUCAACACUCUUCAAGGCAUGAAGAAUGCUUACGCAAGAGACUUUGGAGAAGCGGACCGACGAACACUCAUGUGUAUGAGCAAACUUGCCUUGAUGUACGGAAGAACAGGCCAUCUAUGGGAAGCCGAGAGCGAGUUUUGGCGAAUGUUCUGGACGAGGAUGAACUUGCAGGAAAGACGCGAAGAUAUCGUCAGAGAGGUGACCGACUUUGUGGCAAUGUGCAAAAGCCAUGGCCAUUUUCUCGGGGCGAAGAAUUUCGGCAAAGUAGCCAGCUUGGUAGAAAUGGCUGGGCGGUAUCCCUUGAUGGGAGACAAAGAUUUUGCCGUUCUUCUGGCCCAAGCAAGCUUGAGAGACGUUGAAGUCACAGAGAAAUCUGUCAUUGCUGCAGAGAAAAAGUUCAAAAGUGAAGCUAAAGUUGACCAGACACCGGGCCGAAAAAAGUAUACUCCUCCGCCGAUGGAAGUUUUGCUUUUAAGGGCAAUAAAUAAGGAGAAUAUCGAAGCAACGUACCUUUUACUCUGCCAAGAGAAAGUCCAAGUUACAGAAAAAAUACUUUUGUCGGCAGUGGAGAACGACGACAGCUCAGUACUAUGGUGUUUACUUGGGAGAGAGAAAGACGAGAUACAGAUUACAGAGAAGGUAGUCAUGGAAGCAACGAGGAGGGGCAAUGAGUCGGUAUUGCAGUAUCUUCUCGAGAGACAUGGAGACAGGAUUCGCCUUACGGAAGAAGUGGUCAUCGCUGCGGCCGAGAAUCGAGAACGCUCCGUGCUAGUCUAUCUCCUUGGAAGAUGGAAGGACAGGGUCCAGAUCACACCCAGAGUUGCCGUCGCAGCGGCAGAAAACGGACAGUUUCCGGCGUUAAAAAUCCUACUGCAAGCAGAAGGAAUCGAGUUUGAGGUUACAAACGAGGUGGUUGUAGCAGCGGCAAGAAACAGGGAAAAGUCGGUGCUAGUCACUCUAUUCAAGGAAAGGGGCUACGAAAUCCGAUUGACAAGGGAGACUCUUGAGGCGGCAAAGGGCAAUGGCAAUAUUUUGGCAGUGCGGCGUGCAAUUGAAGAAGCGAGAAGUAUGGCCAGGAUGCGGGCAGCCUGGAGGAUAUGGGAGUAG